AUGAUGGUUGGAAAAGUAGAACUCAUUCCAAUUGACGAGGGAAAUCGUAUAAUUGUCAAACAAGAUGAAAAAGUUAUUAUUGGGCGUGGUUCAUCAUUAGGCUGUAACGACAAGAAGAUCUCACGACAUCAUGCUGAAUUGUUACUGAAAGACGAUAACACACUUUGGAUCAAACCCACUCAUGCAAAUCCUGUUUUUUUUCGACCACCUUAUGGCAAAACAAUACAGUUACCGAAGAAUAUCGAACGAGAAUUAAAAGAUGGUGACCAAAUUGGUUUACUUCCAUCAACGUUUUAUUUUCGUGUAAGCUUUUCGACUGAUCACAACAAUAAUAAUGGCGAUUCAGAUACCGACUCAGUAUAUGAAUUCAAAAAAGAAGCGGAGGAAUUAUCUCCUAUUCACCAAAAACCAUCUGAUGAUUGGUCACCGACACCCAGUUAUCGCCGUUCGACAAGCAAUCAAGAUAUAUCAGUGUUUGAUUUUGAUGAUGAUAUCAAUACGCAACCAGCAACACGAAUACCGUGUAGACGCGUUUCUCUGGAAAAGAAAUUGACAUUGGAUGUUGAACCGAAGGCUAAACUCAAAUCGCCUACGAAAACGCCACCGCCAUCGUCACCGUCACCAACAACAACGACAACAACAUGUAGUCCUUCGAUUACGAUUCCAAGAGUCUCGAUAACUCAUCCACCUGCCGAAGCUCAGGAUGAAUCUGAUUCAUGUAAUGCGAACAUCAAAGCACGCAAAUUACCGAAAUGGAUGUUAGCACCUUCGUCGUCACCAAUAGUAAAGCCGACAACAACGCCAAAGUCUUCCUAUUCACGAAAUUCAUCGUAUACAGCUCCGACGAGUGCCAAACGACACUUAAGUUUUGAAGGCGAAAGCAAUGACGAUAUGAAUGAACUCUCCAAUAUGUCAGAUACUCGAUCAUCUACUGAAGGAAAAUCUUCAGGCAAGGUAUUAAGUAAAAUACAAGCAAGAAAAAGCUGCGACAGUGACAGUGCGGAUGGUCUUGAUUCUGUAACGAUUCCAACGACGCCACCAACGCCGAAACGAAUUAGAUCAUGUGGCAAACGUCGUCCAGCGUGUCAAUUCGGUGCUUCGUGUUAUCGAAAAAAUCCUGCUCAUCGUGCUGAACUAUCGCACCCAGGCGAUAGUGAUUACGAUGAUUCAAAACAGUCAAUUGAUACUGAUGAUAACGAUCCUGAUAGACCUGACUGUCCUUUUGGCAAAUCAUGUUAUCGACAAAAUCCUCAACAUAAACGAGAUUUUCGACAUUAG